GGCUGGCCACGCCCCCGGGACGCCUAUGAUCCCUGUCGCCAUUUUGCUUCGUCGCCUCAGUUUUGUUCGCGGAGGAGCGUCACACGGACAACGAGAUUGUAAACGCUGUUAAACACAUUUAUUCCGGUAAUUCAAGUUAUUUCCUUCCGUCUGAACGCUGGUUUGUUGCCCUGUGUGGUGGCUUGUAGGCGGUUCCAGGGCUGAAAACGUGACUUAAGUGAGCCCUUGCUAGAUGGAGUCGUGAGGCCCGUCUAACCCGAGAGAACAGCGACGCGCUGUCGACACAUGUCGGCCUCAUUGUACGGUUCCUCCUUGGUCUCUCACCGCCGAACGACUCAGUAGGUUGUUUCCCACCGAGGGUUGUUGGACGUUUGCUUUGUUCUUGAGCCGUAAGUAUGUGCUUCUGCUGCAGAUCGCUCCGUCCGUGCUGUCAACACACUCGUAUAUAGCUGCUAAUGUGUCGCUAAUUUGAGCUCCAACCAAACUGUCUUUUUGCUAGUUGUAAUCGUAAAGUCGUUACCGAACAAGGUGCGACAUCGAGCUGGUAGGUUCUCAGACUGUUGGCCAUGGCGGCGCUCACGUCCCUGUUCCGUCGGACAUGUCGGCUUCCACUAGUCUGGUCUGGUCUGGGCGCUCACUUGCCAGGCUCAUGAGUGAUGGCAUCAAUGCGUGACAGAAUCAGAAACACUCGAGUCACCCGCGAGGGCCAGCUAAGGUGCCGCAGCUGAGCAGCAUGGCCACUUACACAGGCAUGUAUACAGUACAAUCCAAGCGAGUGAGGUCGUUCAAAAUCAGCCGUGCUUCGCACUUUCUUUGGAAAUGUGACUGUGCUUUGCUUUUCCAUGUACAUGUCUUAAUAACACUUUCAGCUCCUCCAGUGUUUUGUAGGUUAACCCCUCCCCUCCCAGACGUUUUUGGUGGUCCUGGAUCAUCAUCUCUGUUCCAAGUAUAAGGGCAGAAGAUUUUUGUUCCUUUUUCUUCAUCAUCUUUUUUUUGGCACCGUCAGCUUUGGUAACCCAAAGUUGCACCGCCACCACCCCCAAUGCUGUCCAAAUAAGCCAAAGUGCCAAGCAAACCUGAAGAAGCGCAAAGGAUUUUUUUCCACAUCCCUCAAUUCAUAGAUGCUCCUAACCAUGUCCAACGUCAAUUGAAUCUUUUUUUGGAUGACCUGGUCCCCUUCCCACCAGCCAAAAAAAAAAAAAAAAAAAAAAUCCCCAAAAGACUUUAUUGGCCCGAGCAAGUAUUUAGCAGUCUGGUGAAAAUGAAGGUUUCUCAGAGAAGGGAUGUCUAGGAAAGCCAAAACACCAGGACAACCCACCCUUCUUUAUAUUAUCUCAUGGAUCAAGUGUUCCUUCAGGAUUCAAAACCUCUAAGGAGAACAACCAACUGCUCUACAAGGAAGCGCCGACCUCUACCUCAGAGACAUAAAACCAGAGGACCUGGUGUAAAGUUUCCACUGGAGGAGCACCAGCCUGACAAUGACCAACCAUGGAGAUGACUGCUACUUCUACUAUUACUCGACUUGCACCAAAGGAGACAAGUGUCCAUUCAGACACUGUGAAGCAGCUAUGGGCAAUGAGAUUGUCUGCAACCUCUGGCAAGAAGGACGCUGCUUUCGUGCUGUCUGCAAGUUUCGCCACAUGGAAAUAACUAAGAAUCGCAAAGACAUCCCUUGCUAUUGGGAGACGCAUCCAACAGGCUGCCAGAAGCCACAUUGUGCCUUUUUUCAUGAAAAACCUCGCUGUAUUGAAGGCAUGUUUGUUCCUCCUGAUAAAAAAGGUGUUGUUAAAGUGGGAGAACCGCCGCAGGAGGAGCCCCCUGCACAGCCCCAAGCAACACCUCUGCCCGCUGCUGCCAUUCCUCAGCUGAGGGGAGUCAAGACCGAAAGUCAGGAUCCAGUUCAAAGCCCCACCCACCCCCCAGUGGUCAUUAAUCCAGCGGAGGAUGAUGAGGAUGAAGACGAUCAGUGCUCUGAAGAGGGAGAGGAUGGCAAGUGUGUUCCUUCAGCAAGGAAGAUGUCUAAAUUAGACAAUCCUCUCAAUUUUGGAGUUAGCACUCUGGAAGAGAUUCGGCUGAGGAAGACCUUGAGGAGUAACAUGAUGAUGAGAGAGCACCCUGCCCAGCGGACCGUCAACAAAGUCAACGUGGAGAAAGAGAACAUCCAGUCCUUGUUCAGAGCCUCGGCACAUGGCAAGAUUAAAGAUGAGUGUUUUUCUUUUGAUGGAACUGAGGCUCCAAAGGGAAGUGUGUUGGACAGACUUGGAAGGAGACUGCCUCAUGCAAAUUUGGAUGGUGGAGAGGGUGUGGCAGUCAGGAGCAGUCUGGCAGAUCGCCUGGGCAAAGUGGUGUCUGUGGACGAGGCUCCCUCACCUCUCCAGCCUGGUUCCACCAGUCGAGGAGCCAAAGUGGAAGACAUACGCAUCAAAACUCUGGAUGAGAUCAAGAAAGAAAAGGCUGCCAAGAAUCACAAGGACCACACCUCCAAGUCCCUCCCUUCCAAGGGCGUCAAAAGAGCCAUUUCUGUGAAGGGCCACUCCAUCGGACAUGUGAAAACCUUCUCAGAGAUCAUCCAAGCCAAGAAGAAGAAGCGGGAGGAGCAGGAGCUGGGCAGCAGCAAACCGGCCGAGAAGGCCUCCUGCAAGACUCCCGAGAAGCUGGACGUGGCCUUGGCUGAGAGAGGAGAGGUGCGAGUCAAAACCUUGGAGGAGAUCCGCCGGGAGAAGGCCGCCAGGAUUCAGGCCCGGCAGCUGCAGGAAGAGGAGAGUGAUGCCAAAAAGCCACGUCUGCUCAGCACCAAGGCGACUGCGGUGAAAAGUGGAGUCAAAGCAGAGGCGUGUGUUGAGAGAGGGACGCCACGGACGGCUUCUGCUGCCCCUCAGGUGGCACCGGCCCCAGGCACGGACGUCAAAGUCAAGACCUUCGAGGAGAUCAUGCGAGAGAAAAGUCUCCGUCGACAGGAGCAGGCGGAGCAGGGCUCCGAGCCAAAGCCUGUGGUCGGAGGCAGCGUGAGGAGAAAGCUUCCCAGCAGUGUCAGCGGCCCGCCUGCAGCUGUGAUGGAGGCUGGGGAUGAUGCAGCUGUGGUGGAGGCCAGACACGCCUCCGAAACUCAGAGGCCUCCCCAAGCCAAGCUGGACGUCAAAGUGCGGCCCAAGCUGAAUGUCAAGCCGUCCGUCAUGAAGCCUGCUGUGCGCGUGAGACCCGGCGCCAAGAGGAAGGCGGCGGAGCACUCGGCCGUGGCCGCGGUCAAGCCCCUCAGCAGCAGCAGCAGUGCCGCGCAGGAGGAGGAGGCGAGCCUGUCCCCUCCUGGCCCCGCUGUCCUCCACUGCACCAGCCCGCUCAGAGAGGCGGCUCCCGCGGCGUCCGGCGUCACCAGCGCUCCAGAGGAAGAGGCGGCCAGCUCCACAGUCAAGUCUCCGGCGCAGGCCAAGGCUCGCAGGCAGAGCAUGUCCACAGCCCGCAGCAGCGCCGCCGCCAGCGACGACUUUGAGGAUCUCAUCAACGAGUUUGCCGACGGGGACUACGAGGAGGAUGUGGAUCCUGGUAUCGGCGAGGACGACCUCCUCCAGGAACUGUCCGACAUGAUUGACAGCUGAGGGGAGAGACUGAGACUCUUUUAAAUUGCUCAUAGCAGAUUUUAACACUUUUACUGUUCCUGUCCAAAACUGACUUGAACUUAGUUCCUGUGCUCAGGUUGGAUUUUUUUUUAUAUCCAUGCUUUUCCCAAGCAGAACUUUGGGUUGUCGUAGUGAAGGGAAGCUGAAGGACAGCUUGAGCUGGCGACGGCUGCAUGUCGUUGUUGCUGUCGUCCAAGGGACCUUCCUGCACUUCUGCAUGUAUUAAAGUUGGCCCACUGCUCCCAUGGCGUGUUGCAGCGCUGACCACUCCACGUUUUACACUCCAUUCACAGGUUUCAGAUGCCACGGGUCUGCAGCUUCUCAGGGAUUGUGUCGGGUGUGUGUUGCGUCCAGCUCCUGUCUCCACUUCCUCCCUUGAACAAUGUAAAUGACUUGGCUGCUUCCUGUCUGUGUUUGCUCCUCACACGGAGUCAGCCACACCACCACUAAAGGAACUGAGAUCAGUGACCUGCUGCCUGCCUGCCUGUCUGUCUGUGGUGUCCUUCCUUCCUCCCUGCCUCCCUUCCUCCCUGCUGUGCUGUGGCAGAGAGCAUGAAGGAACUCUGGUGUUGGCGUCACACACGCUCGCUCUCACAUGAAGGAAAACCGCUGGAGUGGAUGCAGUC